AUGUUCAACACCUCUGCAACCCUCCUACAAUCGAAAAAGCACAACCCCAAACACCCCACCUCAAUCGUUGUUGUUGCAGCUGCUCUGAUUCCCUUCCGAAUCGUUGCUAUCGAUGACGAGAAAGAAACCACGAUGAGACUCGCCGGGGAGCAGCCUUGCCACCUCCUUCGGUUAUUCAUCACAUCUUCCCCCUUUUGCACCUUUCCUUACAGAACCCUUGCUACCUUCGAUCUUAUUUUUCCUUCAUCAGUCCGAUUGAGCACCUAUGACACUCCCUUUGAUCGGCGACUGCAACUUCCUUCCUCCCAUGUGUGUUUUGAUGCCGGAUCGGGAAAAGGAACAACGAAGGAGGGCUCGCCGGAGAUCCAUGCCACCCCUCCUCACGAUCACCAGCCACCGUUGGAGACUCCAAUCGUCCGCCUCACUCGUUUCUUCCCUUACUCGAUCUAA